GACAUUGACAGUGACAUUUUGGCGCCAAACAAACUAUAUAAGAGUCGUAGCUUUUCGUGAAAAAUAUUACGAAUUUGUUCAAAUUAUUGAAGUAAACUUAAUAAAAGGCAAUAUCCUACCCUCUAUUUUUAAAUACAUAACUGUAUUUGCUCUCUGUCAUUAUAAAAGACAACUCAUAACCUCACUACGGCAUCAGUUUUAUUUUUCCUUCUCGAAAGAGGCCCGUAUACCUUCGUGGAACAUGAAGUCUGUGGCUGCUGCAGCGCGCUCGCUCAGGAAGCGUCCGUUCAGGGUGUCCAUUGAAGGUAACAUCGGCUCGGGAAAGUCUACAUGCAUCAAGUUCUUUGACAAAUUCGACAAUGUUGAAACUCAUGCGGAACCACUGCACGAAUGGCGCGAUGUCAGCGGCCACAACCUGUUGGGCCUAAUGUACUCCGACAUGCACAAGUGGACGUUUGCGUUCCAGCACUACGUACAUCUGAGCCGACUCAAGAUACAGAUCAGUCCGCCGGCUCACCCGGGCAUCACUGUUAAAAUGUUUGAGAGGUCAGUUCAGAACAGCAGGUACUGUUUUGUCCACAAUGCCAAGAAGCAGAACUUCCUAGAAGAUGCAGAGUACCAGGUCUUGUCCACUUGGUUUGACUACUCCGAGAAGAAUCUUGAUAUAGACUUGGAUCUAAUAGUAUACUUGAAAACCACUCCCCAAGUGGUGUGGGACAGAAUGGCCAAGAGAGGGAGAGCUGAAGAAUCUGAAGUUCCUCUAGAAUACUUGCAACAAGUACAUGACUCCUAUGAAAACUGGUUAUCAGCUCCAAAUGUUGGGUGUGAAGUGCUGACUAUAGAUGCUGACAGAAACUUGGACUGUGUCAAAGAUGACUUGCAAAGAUACACUUAUAAAAUUUUAGGAGGGAAUCACACUAAUUGAAUAUUAUACACUGAUUAUUGUUAAUUGCUAAAAGAUGCUAGAAAACUUCUCUUAACUUAUAUACCUACCAGAAAACAUAGGAAUUUCUCCACUAUUUUUUCCAUAGGCUGAGGUGUCUAAGGGAAAUUGUAGGGUAUUUAGUUAUUUACUAGGUAGCUAUUAAAUUUUACUAUUGAAUUUACAUCAUGACAGUUAAUUAUGUUUCCAGAAUACCUUCAUUGUAAUUUAUCUACUGCAGGCCAAUCUGCGGGUCAAAAUUGCAUCGCAAAAACAUCCCUCCUAUUUGAGAAGGUGCACUGCAGGUGUUCAGUAGAGCUAAAAUUUUCAAUGCCAAGUUUUGUAUGGAGGACCUUAUAAUUAAUUCGAUUCUAGAGGAAACUCAUCUACCAUAAUUAUGUAAUUGGUAAUAAGUCAAAUCAGCUGUGCCUUUUGUAAGCUAAUCUUUAUUCCUAAAAGUAGAUUUAAAAUGUAUUUUUAGCUGUAAACGAAUGAAUAUACCUCAUAUUAGACAAAGUUAAAUCGCUAAUGGGCUAUGCUAUAUGACUGAAAUAAUAAUUUAUAUUUUUAGUAUUAUAAUUGAUUACAUUACAUUACGCGGUAAUGCUGCGAGUAUAAUGGGUACCUUUGGGCCAGGUACGAUUCGGGGUGGCCUUUUUGAGUGAUUUUUGACGAGGCAUAUUGAUAACAUUUGUUAUAUAGGUUAAUGACGAAGCUAUUUGUGGAUCGUAGAUUUUGAACUGAAUUUUUAUUUAUAAGUGUUUUUGUCAAAACCAUAAAUACACAAUGAUUGCCAAAUUACAUGUAAGAAAAUCGUAUUUAUUAAAUUAUCUUCUUAGUAUUAUUUUUAUAGACAAAUAAUUAAAAGUUUCUAACUGAGA